CGGGUGCUUAGCAACCGCCGAUACAAAAUGGAGUCCGCGGAACAGGACGAGGCUGAGAAAGAGGGAACUCAGGAAUCAGAGGAAACAGAUGUUACUGAAACAAAUGUGGAACUUGAUAAGCCAACCAUUUCAGUUGGAGAUGAUGAAGAAUCCAAACAAGAAGGCUUUGUGGAAGAAAAGCAAGAAACUGAGAGUGAGGAAAUUCAAGAACCAGGUGCUGAGUUAGAAGCUGCUGAUGUUGACCGAAAUGUUACAGAAACAAGUGAGAAUUUGGAUGACGCAACUGUUUCCGUUGUAGAGGAUGAAAGCUCUGUUGGAGCAUCUGUGAUAGAAACUGAAGUAACAAAUAAAAACGAACAGCCCCUGUCUGGCGAGGACACUGUGUCAAAGGAUGAAUCUGGUAAUGCCCCAAAAGAAGAUGAAAAGAACUUAGAAAGUGACAUUCAAAGUCCAAAUGAAGAGACUGCAGAAUCAGUUGUAGGAGUAACCGAAGAGCAGCAAGAAGGCAAAGCAGAAAAUAACCUACAGGACAACAAAUCAGAUUCAGAAAGUGAUGAAUCAAGCAAUCCAUUCAGUAAAGAUAAUGAUGAAGAUGAGCAAACUCAUCUUGAAGAAGCAAAAGAAGCAACGAAACAAGCUGCUCAGAUUAAAAAACUAAAAAAGGAAGUGAAAAAAAUUAUCCCAGAGGAUUUCUACUACGAUUAUGAGGAUCUAUACUCAAAGCCAUAUAUCUCGCCAGACUCUGAAAUCUCACCAAACAUAUUAACAUUAUUCUUUUCUUUUGGUUAUGAUUGCACAAGGCGAGUGAAUUUACAGCUUCUAGAUGAACAAACUAUAAUGUACGUAGCUGGUAACCUGGUGGUUUUAGUGAAUAUUAAGACCAAAGAGCACAAGUACGUUCGAAGCAGCAGUGGAGGAGGAAUUGGCAUUGUAACGGUUCAUCCAAGCAGAAUGUAUUUUGCAAUAGGUGAGAAAGGUCUGAAGCCUAAUAUUAUCAUCUACGAGUACCCCACACUGCUUCCAUACAGAGUGCUGCGAGAAGGAACUGAACAAGCUUAUGCUUUCACUGACUUUAAUUUAUCUGGGACGCUUCUGGCCAGCAUAGGUAGUAACCCGGAUUAUAUGCUAACUAUCUGGAACUGGAAACAGGAACAAAUAAUACUGCGUUCAAAAGCUUUUUCUCAGGAUGUUUUUCGGGUCACAUUCUCUCCAGAAAAUGAAGAACAAUUGACUACUUCAGGAACAGGACAUAUCAAGUUCUGGAAGAUGGCUCAGACUUUCACAGGCCUCAAACUGCAAGGUCAGCUUGGUAGAUUUGGUAAAACUGCUCUGACAGACAUUGAGGGUUAUGUUGAACUCCCAGAUGGAAAGGUGGUGUCUGGAUCUGAAUGGGGAAAUAUGCUGUUGUGGGAAGGUGGUCUUAUCAAAAUAGAAUUGUGCAGAAAGGACCGCAAGCCAUGUCAUAGUGGAUCUAUAAAUCAGUUUGUAUUGGAUGAAGGAGAGCUCAUUACUAUUGGAUCAGAUGGAUGUGUGCGGGUCUGGGACUUUGAGACCAUUGAUACAGCAGACACUGCUAAUGAUGACCAUAUUUUAGAAAUGGAACCAAUGAAUGAAUUGAUUGUGGGAAAGAAUGUUAAUCUCCAUUACAUGGUGAAGAUUAACAAUGAAAACUCCUUUUGGUUUGCUCAGGAUGCCAAUGGUGGAAUCUGGAAGCUUGAUCUCUCUUUUACAAACAUUACUCAAGAUCCCGAGAGUAUAUUUUCUUUCCACGCCGGCUCGAUCCAGGGCAUGGAUCUUUCACCUCUGACUCAUCUUAUGGCAACAACUGCUCUUGAUCGCACAGUACGAAUCUAUGACUUUGUGGGAAAGCAAGUACUUACCAGCAUAAAGUUUAAACAGGGAGGAACAGCAUUAAAAUGGGCACCUCUUUCAGUCAGUGCAAAAGGAGAUAUCAUUGUUGUAGGAUUUGAGGAUGGUGUUCUUCGUAUUUUGGAAGUGUAUAAUCCUAAAGGACUUGCCUUUGUUGCUGGCCGAACAAAAAUUGGUUUGGCUGAAAUCCGGCUAAAGCAGGCAUUGAAGCCACAUGUAGCAAAUGUAACCGAAAUUUCUUUUAGCCAACAAGGAGACAAGGUGGCUACAGGAAGCAUAGACAAGACAGUUUUUAUCUUUACUGUGGGAAACAAAUUUGAGCCAAUAGGAUUCAUCAAUGUACCAGGAACAGUUGUGAUCAUAGAGUGGAUUCAGUCUCCACAUGACUCACAUUUUUUGCUUGUAUAUUGUGAAAAUGGUUUUGUGGUUCAAAUUCGGACUUCAGAAAUUGAUGUGGAUCAUUCCUCAACUUAUGACAUUUCACACCUCAAAAAAAAGGUUUUUUGUUUCAAAAGCAUCAAAUCCAGAUUGGAGCAAGAAAAAGAGAUUAAACGCAGGGAGGAGGCAAAGGAAAAAAAGAAGAAAGAAAGAGAAGAAUUACUAAAGGCACUGCAAGAAAGUGGAGAAGAGAUUUCAGAAGAGGAUCUCCCAGAAGAAGAGCCUGAGGAAGAGGAAGAACUCCCGCCAAUUUACAUUCCUGAAGAGCCAAGCCCCAUACUUUGUGGCUUCCAUUCUCAGCCAGGGACAUUCUGGUUGUCUUUAGGAGGUUAUGAUGCUGGGUAUCUCUACCAAUGCAAAUUCAGCAGUCAACAGAACAUUGAGACUGAGCAAGAGCCAUUUCAUUACUUAGCUGUUGAAAAUUCAGAUGAAAAUCCAAUUAGAAAAAUGCAUUUCAACACGAAAAAACAAUUGCUCUUUUGUGGGAUGCAAAAUGGAUCAGUGCGAAUCUACCCUUUGCUACCACAUGAUCUAAAUUUGGUUUCCAUGAAAGCAUAUUGGAGCCUCAGUGUUCACGACAAUGAUUGUGGUUAUAUUCAACAAAUCAUCACUAGUUACAACAGUGAGUUCUUGGUGACAUGUGGCAAUGAUGGCAACAUCUUUGUCUUCAACCUGCUUCUUCAGGUGGAUAAUGCUCAGUUUUUGGAGGGCAAACGAGCUGAUGUUCCAUUUCCAAGGAAAGAUCUUGACAGAGUUAAAGCAGCAGAGGACAUUGAUGACCCAAAUGCCUACAGCAUUGAAAAUGCAAAACAGAAGGCAGAACAUGACCUAAUGGUAAAGCUAGCAGAAGAGGAAAAGGCUGACAAGAGGAUAAAGCUAGCUACGCUUUGUAAAGAGUUUAAAGCACUACAAAGUAGAAAUGCAGCCCUCCCUGAGCACGUGCAACUGAAUAGAGAGGAUUUUGAGCUAGAUCAUAGAAUUCGACUAGAGACUGAGAGACAAACAAUUGAACGGAUUGGAUUAGUUUCUAAAGAGACGGCAUGGGAACAAGAAAAGCAUCUAAUCGGACUCCGCAAAUUACAAGCAAGGUUUAGAGAUGCAGUGGAAUUUGAUACUGUGGUUAUUCAUGCUAUUGAGAGUGACCACCAAGUGUCAACCUACCGUGUAAAAUCUUUGUCUGAUAAAUAUUACCUGUUGAGGAAUGAGAUGAAGAAGAAGCAGAGCCAGAUGCAGGUUGGACAAAAAAGCAAAGAGGACCUUGCCAAGGAAAUCAGGGAAGCAGGUAUUGAUAAGGAUCAGGUUGCAGGAAAAGAUCUCGGAGCUGACCUGCUGAAGGGUCCUGACCUCCUCCAUUCAAAGAUCUCCCUUGGAGGACGGCAAGAAAAACUGCAGAAAAUAAUAGAAAAGGCAGAAAAAGCAAAGGCCAAAAUUGAAAUGAGAAGAAAGCAGUGGGAAGAUCUGUUUGCCAGCAAGCCUGAUGAGGACUAUGAAGAUCCAAAAGAUGUUGCUGCGAUUAAAGAAGCUAAGGAGAACAUGGGAGAUUUCAAGUUAAAAACAGCACCUAACUAUACUGUACCAGAACAUUUGCGUAUGAAUGCCGAAAAAAAACGAAACCAACUUAUCAUCCUUGAGCAGAAGAGUUAUGAACUUAAAGUUGAAAUGAAUAAAAAGGUCAUGAAGCUGCGUGAUGCAAAGCUUGAUACUGUUAAACAGAUUUCUAGCUUAGUUGAAGAGUUGAAACUAUUGCAGAAAAAGCUUGAGCCAUCUAAGCAUCUACCCAUUCCUGAAAUUCCAAAGUUGUACCUCGAGGAAACACCAGAGAAAAAAUUUGAAUACGAUAAAGAAACACUUCUGAAUUUCAAGGGAGAAAUUACUGAUACCCAACAGCGUGUACAUUCUGAAAUGGCAGGUGGAUAUUCACUUGCAACCAAAGAAAAAAAGGGCGAAUCUUCAACUCCAGAAGAGAAUAAAAGUAAAAAGAGAGAAGUGUUGAAGUUUCCAAUUGCAGCAACAAAGCUAGAGACUGAAUUAAAAAAAAUUGAAGAAACAAAACAUUUAUAUUUUCAGACUAAAUUGCUGGAUAAGAUAUCUCAACUAAUAAAAUACCUUGAUGCAGAGCUUCGUGUUAUUUGCCACCAAAAAUGUAAGUUGGACAUCAACAUGAAAAUGGCUGACUUACUUCAUGUUACACUUUUUGAAGAAGUUCUUCUAUUGAAAGAAUUUGAAAAGAGAGAGAACGUUUUGCAGGAACGAGUCAACCAGAGGAUUAAUGACCGACUGGAAACACAAAUGAAAGCAGAGGAAUGUUUGCUACAGUUGGAGGCAAAAAAACGAGACAUAACUAAAUUACAUGAAAAAGAAAAGGCCCUAUACAUGACUUUCCAACUGUCUCUUGGUGAAAACAACAAACAUAUUGAAUUUCUCACUAAGGUCUUCAAGAAGAAAAUCAAACGGGCAAAAAAGAAAGAAGCACAACUCGAUGAGGACGAUGAAGAAGAAAGCGAUGAGGAAUCAGAGGAACAAUUUGGCAUGAGUAGUGAUGAGGAUGAAUCUGACUCUGAGAUGAGUGGAUUGGAUGACACUGUUUGCCCAGAAAAUUGUGACCCAUCAUUGUUUGACAACACCAUUCAACUUCGAGAAGUACGACUUGAUAUUGAAGAGUUAUUGGCUGAAGAGAAAAAAGUUACAGAUCAGAUGAAGAAAGAAUAUGAUUCUAUUGCUAAAAAGAUAAAAGUAAUUGAAGGAACUCUACAAGCAGCAGAGGCAGAUCUGGAACUACUACAACGUGAAAAGCAACAGAAAUUAAAUGAAUUACACGUGGUUGUUCCUUUAAAACUGCAUCAGAUGGAAUACAUUGUGAAUGGCGAGAUUCCAAAUGAUCUUGUGCAAGCAUUGGUGUUCACCAAUGAAGCAUUACUGUCUUUGCAACAAAGGAUCAGAGAGUUGCAACAAGAGAAAGCAGAGCAGCGAGAGCUGUAUAAGCAAGCACGACAAAAGCAUGUUCAACUUAUCAGGGACAGAAAAGAUAUGGAAGCUAAAAUAGCAAAGUUAGAAGAAACUUGCUACCAGGAAAUGAUCUUAAAGUUUGGUCGUGUAGUUGAUCUGGAAGCAUUGCAGACUCUCUCAGUGAACAAGAUCUUGGAGGAGCUGAGAGACAAAGUUCAAACAUAUGAAACAGAGUUCUUCAAAGAUCUUAAACGACGGGAGGAUAAAAUAUUAGUGCAAAAAGAUCAACUUACAGAUCUGACCAGACAGUCUACUUGUAAACUGGAUCAGAUGAAUGCACUGGUGACACGUAAGAAGGAGAUUGAAGGACACUUAGAUGUGCAGCAGAGGAAUCUGGGAGCACAAUUCCAAGAAAAGCAAACGGCUGACCUUGAAGAGAGGCAGAGGAUGAUUCAGCUUGUGGAUCUACAAGCACAAGAGAUUGAAGCUUUAAAAGAUGAAAUAAGCCUGUUGUCUAGAAAGGGAGGCCAUAUACUCCCACCAACCCAGCCACCAUUAAUUUAGUCACAGUGACUUUAAUUCUUUGACAAUGCAAAAUAAAAUGUGUUUUUAUUUCUUA